GUGGAGGAUGAAGAGGAUGAGUCUCUCGUAGCGGGGUGGCCCAACGAUGCCGAGCAUAUUUUCCUACCAAAGCGCCGAAGUCGACUGGUGUGAAAGCAACUUUGAGCGCUCGACGGUCAUCGCCGAGUACUACAACACCAUCAGCAAUGUAAGCUUCUUUGUCCUUUCUCCUGCCCUGCUCUACCUGAACCGGCAGUACCGGCAGCACCGCGCCUUGCCCUUGUAUUUCGUCUCGGGGCUGCUCUUCUGCGUAGGUAUCUUCUCCAUGUACUUUCACAUGACCCUGAGCUACGUGGGACAACUCUUGGACGAACUCUCCAUCCUCUGGACGCUGGCUGUGGCAUAUUCCUUUUGGUACCCCAAGGUUUACUUCCCCAGGUUCAUCAAGAGCAGGAAGCAUUUCUUCUGGUUGAGCGGUGUCACCACUGUGAUCAGUACCUUGAUGUCCUUCAUCAAACCAGCUUUCAACGCCUACGCGCUCAACUGCAUCGCCUUCCACCUGUUAUACCUGACAUGGCGUGAGCUGAAAAAGUGCAAUGACAAAAGGGUUCACCGGAUGGCUGCAGUCAUGGUCGUGUGGUGGGUACUGGCCAUCAGCAGCUGGAUAAGUGACAGAUGGCUCUGUGGGCUCUGGCAGGCCAUCAACUUCCCCUACUUCCACAGCUUCUGGCACGUGCUGAUCGCCAUGUCCCUCCUGUACUGCUGCCCACUGGUCAUCUACUUUGACGUCAACUACGAGAUGCCAUCGUUCAAGCCGAAGCUGGGAUACUGGCCCGGCGACUCUUGGCCUGUCGUGGUGCCUUACGUUGCCCUGGAGCAACCCCACAAGCAGUGCUAGAGCUGGUUGCCCUCAGGCAUCCCUCGGGCACGGGGUGCGGGACGCGCACGCGUGCAUCUGCACGGGGAACCCCUCAGCUGUGCGCCUGUUCCUCGGACAAGGGCAAUGUGGAUGGGGCAGGGAGCAGCUGAGGCCUCGUGAUGCUGGGCAUGAAGCAGGGUGGGAGCCCGCAGGUGCCUUGGAAGACUCUGCCCAGACUGGCAUCCGGGGAACCGAAGAUCUCCUCCUCCAGCAGAUCCCCACUGAGAAGGGGAGGGAGAUGGUGCUUCUUUGGUGUCUUCUGCACUAGCCAAGCAGCGGCACCCCUUGCUGACCAGGGCACAGCGGAGAACACAGAAGCCAAAACUGGUGACAGCUGGGUUUGUUGGGGCUGCUCUAACUAAUAUUAAUUUUAUUUAUUGAUGUAUGUGGCCUUGCUCAGGAGAGCUGUACAUUAAAGCUAUGGACACU